UUAAUUUAAUUUAUAUAAAAUUUUAAAUACAAAGACAAGAAUUCCUUUAGUGAUCCAACAUGGCCUGGACACAGCGACAAUUAUUAAUAGCUUUCUUUAUGAUAAUAACCGGCAGUAUAAAUACGUUAAGUACGAAAUGGGCCGAUACACUAAAAUCAAAAGGCAGAGAUGGCGAAGAAAAAAACUUUAAUCACCCAUUUUUUCAAGCAAGUUCUAUGUUUCUGGGUGAAUUCUGUUGUCUCCUUGCAUUCAAAUUUUUUUACAGAAAAUUUAGUAAAAGAGCUGAUGGUACAGAAGACGUACAUGACUUAACAAAAGGAAAUAGAAACUUUAAUCCCUUGAUUCUCUUUAUUCCUGCUAUGUGUGAUAUGAUGGCGACAUCCAUUAUGUACAUAGGAUUAAAUUUAACAUUUGUUUCCAGUUUUCAGAUGUUUCGAGGAUCUGUGAUAGUAUUUGUAGGAUUAUUAAGUACUGGAUUUUUAGAAAGAAUGUUAAAUAAAUCACAGUGGUCCGGAAUAUUUUUCGUGAUAAUUGGACUUGCAAUUGUUGGCAUUACAGACUUUGUUUAUCAUGAUAACAAUGGAUCGCAUGGCCGUAACGAUAUUAUAACAGGCGAUAUGCUAAUUAUAAUUGCACAAAUAAUUCAAGCCGUUCAAAUGGUAGUCGAAGAAAAAUUUGUAGCCGGACAAGAUAUUCCUCCGCUACAAGCGGUCGGAUGGGAAGGAGUUUUUGGCUUCAGUGUGCUGGCCCUUCUGCAAAUACCGUUUUAUUUUAUCAGGGCUGGUCCUCCUAUUACGGUAAAUCCUGGAGACCGUUUAGAAGAUGCUAUUGAUGCUUUUAUUCAAAUUGGUCACAACUGGAGACUUGCUCUUGCAGUUUUAGGUACUGUUGUGUCUAUUGCUUUUUUCAACUUCACCGGUAUUAGUGUGACAAAGGAAUUGUCCGCAACUACUAGGAUGGUCCUUGAUAGCGUAAGAACGAUCGUCGUCUGGAUGUUCAGUUUAGCGUUCUUCGAUCAGAAGUUUCAUUGGUUGCAGCUUGUUGGAUUCAACCUGCUGGUUAUGGGAAUGUGUCUUUACAAUGGUAUCUCACCCAUUGCGAUAUUCCUUAAGAUAAAAUCGUUAAUUAAUAGCAGAAGAUAUAAUUCAAUGGAGGAAGAAGUGAUAGAAAAUAGAAAUGCCGAAAAUACUGAACCUUGAAUAAAAAUUAUAGAUUAGUAUUGAUUUGGAAAUAGUGAAAAAAAGAUAAUUGCUACAGGGAUUGACGAUAUUUUGAUUUAAAAACUAGUUUCGUGCAAUACUCAGUAAUUUACUAAAUAAGCGUGUUAUUGCUUUUUAUUGAUCUCUUUGUAAACAAUACUCCUUUAACAAAGUCAUUACGAAAUAUACUGAAUAUUUUUUAUAUAAAUAAAACCAAGUAAAACAAUUUUCGAUUUUAAAAUUUUCUUUAACAUUAAUUUAUCACCCCUUGUUUAGUUUAAUCUACAUAAUACAGCCUAUUUCUAUAAUAAAUUAAAUUUAAUUAGUAUUACACGGUCCUAGUUUAUUUUAUUAUCAAAAUAAAGAAAUUUAAUUUUUCACGUAAAGUGAUCAACUUGUUAACUUGCUGAUGAAUGAGUAAAAAUGUAAACUCGUUUUAACUGAUUUAAAUAAUGACAUAAUGUUAUAAGUACGAAAUAUACAAGUACUUCAUUUUAUUACUGCUUUAACAAAAUGGCUGACUACCCCCCUCUGACCGCAAAUAGCGUUUGUAGUAACUUAGUUAAAUGUAUAUAGGACGUAUUGGUUUUGUUUUAUAUAUUUCACUGGUCUGAUUUAAAUUAGUCUAUGUUUUGUGUAAUUGUUCUUCUUCGGUCAUACAAUACGAAUCAUACUUUAUUUUAUACAGUCAUACAGAAAAAUUAGAAACAUUUUUUAUUUUAUUUGAUGUCUAAAUUAUCUUUAAACUUUAUUAAAGGGUGUCGGCCGAUAUGUGCUCGACCGUUUUGCGCCCUUACCUGAAAUCGGCCGGUUUGCGCUCUAACACUUUCUUAAUGGAGAUGUACAGCUAAUUAUUUUCUUAUAUCGACCGUUUUGCGCCCUCUUGUAAUCGAC